CCUGGAGUGUGAGUGCUUGGAAGGGACUCCACUUAAGGCAGUGUCGGGGAAUUCCACUUCACUUCUUCCGGAUGCUCAGAGCUCCUUCAAGCACCCUGUGGGAAGCCAUCCAUAGCCAUGGCAAGUUCAAGACACCCAGUAUCAGCCCAUGCUGUAGCCCUGGUGCAAAUGGAUCGACUCCAGACAUUUGCCUUCUCCGUGUGCUGGUCAGACAACAGUGACACAUUUGCUCGCAGGAGCUGGGAUGAGUUUAGGCAGCUCCAGAAGACCCUUAAGAAGGUCUUCCCAGUGGAGGCGGGCCUGCUACGGAGAGCCGAACAAGUUCUUCCCACGCUCCCUGGUGCUCCAUUGCUGACACGUCGGGGGCAUACUGGUCGAGGCCUGGUACGUUUGCGGCUGCUGGACACCUAUGUACAGGCAUUGCUGGCAACCUCAGAACACAUAUUGAGGAGUUCAGCACUCUAUGGCUUCUUUGCACCCAAACCUCUGGACCUGGAGCCCAUGCUGCCCCCUGGCAGCCUGGUGAUCCUGCCUACACCAGAGGAGCCCUUAUCCCAACCCAGAGGCAGCCUUGCCAUCCAUAGCCUGGAAGCUCAGAGCACUCGCUGCGUUCAGCCUUUCAGCACUCUUGACACAAGAGACAGACCUUUCCACACUAAGGCUCAAGAGAUCCUGGACAUAUUACUACGACACCCUUCAGGCUGGUGGCUGGUGGCGAACAAGGAUCAGCAGACAGCCUGGUUUCCAGCUCCCUACCUGGAGGAGGUUGCAGCAGGUCAAGGCCAGGAGCCAGGCCUGGCUUUGCAAGGAAGUGGGAGGCAGUUCUGUGCUACCCGGGCCUAUGAGGGCAGUCGCUCUGAUGAGCUAUCCGUGCCCUCAGGGGCACGUGUCCAUGUGCUGGAGACCUCAGACCGAGGCUGGUGGCUAUGCAGGUAUAAUGGCCGGACAGGCCUGCUCCCUGCAAUGUUGCUGCAACCUGAAGGGCUGGGCUUCCUCCUGGGCAGGCCAGGGCUCCGAGACAGUGCUGGGGCAGUCCAGGCAACUGAGGACAGGACUAUGCCCCCUGUAGUACCAACUCGCCCCUGUGUGAGUGCCAUCCACAGCCGAUGCUGCUCCAUUACCCGCAGGGCACUGGGGCAGGAACAAGGGACUCGGGUUCCCCCUUGAGGGCUGCACUGCUGCUCUGCAGAGGCUGUGCUGCCAGAACCGACCUCAGGUAAAGCAGAGAUCUAGACCUUACCAAGAAAGCAGGGUUAAGGGGGGCGCUCCAUGGCUGGCAGGGCCACGGGCCAGCUAACUUUCUAUUUCCUCUAAAUAAAACUGGAAUGACUUCA